CAAAGACUGAUGCACUCUUUUAACGCGAGGGAUGGUCAAAGAGAGAAAUGAUAGACAUGAUGGAUUCUGGAACGAGUAGGCGAUCAGUCAGCAUGUCAGGGGCUGUGAUUAAUGGGUCGAUUCGCCAUGUCACUGGCCUGUCACUGGGCGCCUCAACACCCGUCCCAGUAGUAGCCAUCAUUGGAGACAAAGGCUCUGGCAAGACAUCUUUGUUCGAAGCUCUCUCUGGUCUCUCUCUUCAUGGCUCUCGUCUCUCAUCAACGAAAUUCCCUAUCCAUGCCUACUUUACGCACAGCAACCGAACGGGGACGACGCUCAGGGCACGGAUAAGGCCAGGGAAAGUCGACGGACAAAAUGAGGAGCUUUCAGACCAUUUGCAGAGUUUCGAGGUGAACUAUGAGGGCGAUCUUGCUGCUGUCAAUCUUCCGCAAAUUGUGAAUCAGGCAACGAAUCACAUGCAGAUUGCAACCGCAUUCUCGGACGAAAAGGAACAGGAAGAACAACAAGUAUCCGACAAUGUACUUGUCAUUGAGAUUUCAGGUCCAGACUUUUUCAACAUGGAAAUCGUCGAUACACCUGGGCUAUCAUCUAGCCCGGCAGUUGAUGACACACAAGAGGUAACAAGAUCUCUCAUAAUGGAUCUCGUCAGGCAACCCAACACUCUCAUCCUAUCUGUGGUUGACGCAACAAGUGAUAUGAGCACUCAAGAAGGUCCGAGGCUCGCGCGAGCAGCUGACGUGACGGGCAAUCGCAUCGUCGCUGCAGUGACCAAGUGCGACCUCGUACCCCCAGAAGAGCGAAGAUUCGUGUUGAGGGCUAUGCGUAACAAGGAACGCCAUCUCGGCCAUCCCUGGUUCGCUAUCAGAAGUCUCUCAAGCAAUGAACGCGAUCAAGACUGUACCCUCGAGACGAGGAACUCCGUCGAAGACGCAUUCUUUUCCGAAAUGGAAUGGUCUGUCCUGAAACGCAGACGGCGUGUAGGCGCUCCUUCUUUGAAAGACUACCUAAAGACUAGGGUAAAUGUCCUGCUUCGGGGGAGUAUAGAACUGCUGACGACUAUACUCAACACACCAUCACAUUCCGUGGCCCCAUCGCAUGCCCCAAGCAUCACAGAAAAGGUACAGCAAACCAAUAUCUACGCAGUAUCGCAGGAGACUGUGGUCGCAGAUGUUGAUCUAGAAUUCGCUUCCGAUGCCCCGCGUCCAACACCGCUCCUCAACGCUGUCGGCGUCGGGUUGACAGUUGCCAUUUGUCUCUGCCUCAUAGGGCUUGGUUGUAGCUCGAUGGCAGUGGAGAUUGCGAGUGAGGGACACUGGUAUCGUUUGUUUCUCCUGGUGACAGCUCCUCCUCAGGUUAUCUUGAGCUUGUUCUUCUGUCAAGCUAUUGUCGUUACCAUCUUUCAGAUGAUUGGUCCUGUCUCGCAACUAAAAGUUAAUUCCAAGUUUUACUCCGCAAAGAGAACAAAGCGCCUUGAUGGGACGAAAGUACUUUUACCUCAUGUCACCAUUCAAUGCCCAGUAUACAAAGAAGGUCUCGAGGGCGUAAUUCGUCCAACAGUACAGUCUCUAUCUGCUGCCAUCCGCAACUAUGAGUCUUUCGGCGGCACAGCUAGCAUAUUCAUCAACGAUGAUGGUAUGCAACUGGUGUCAGAAGAAGAAGCCGAGGAACGACGCAUGUUCUAUAAGGAGAACAAUAUUGGCUGGGUUGCUCGACCAGGCCACAACGUAAACGGCGAAGGUAUCAAGAGGUUCAUACGCCGCGGCAAGUUCAAGAAAGCGUCAAACAUGAACUAUGCACUCGGUAUUAGCCUAAAGGUGGAGGACAAGCUGGUGCAGAUCGACCGCCAUGAGAAGUGGACACAAGUCGACGAGGAUGCAGCAUAUCAGAAGUGCCUCGAUGAAGUCCUCUCUGAAGAACUAGGCCGCGCGUGGGUAGGCGGCAACAUCAGAGUCGGCGACUAUCUCCUGCUUGUGGACUCCGACACUCGUGUGCCGAAAGACUGUCUGAUCGACGCCGUCAGCGAACUCGAAGCCUCACCCCAAGUUGCGAUCCUCCAGUUCACAUCUGGCGUCAUGAACGUAACGACGAGCUACUUCGAAAGCGGCAUCACAUUUUUCACCAACCUCAUCUACACGGCCAUCACCUACGCAGUAGCCAAUGGCGAUGUCUCACCCUUUGUCGGGCAUAAUGCGUUUAUUCGCUGGUCUGCGCUACAAGAAGUUGGGUCGCAGGACGGUGGCAUUAUAAACGGCGAGCAAGAUCCAAACGCCACAACACCAUAUGAGAAGUUCUGGUCCGAGUCUCACGUCUCAGAAGACUUUGAUAUUUCUCUGCGGUUGCAAACCCUGGGUUAUCAUAUCCGCCUAGGGGCUUAUUGCGGCGACGGCUUCAAAGAGGGUGUUUCACUCACCGUUUACGAUGAGUUGGCUCGGUGGGAAAAGUAUGCGUAUGGAUGCAGCGAGCUUCUCUUCUGGCCUAUCAAAGACUGGUGGAGGCAUGGUAUCUUUACACCGCUGUUCAAACGCUUCGUCAUGUCGAAUAUGCCGCUUGGGUCUAAGAUCACCAUCAUGUCUUACAUCGGCACAUACUACGCCAUUGGUUAUUCGUGGAUUGGCUCGCUACUGAACUACUUCCUCAUCGGAUGGCUCAAUGGAGAGCUUGAUCACUACUACAUGAGCAGUUGGCGUGUUUGGGUUGCUCUUGUGGUUGUCUUCUCUAUAGCGGGCAACAUCACCCUCGCGCUGAUCCGAUACCGCUCUCAGCAGGUCAGUUUACUCAAGGAGCUCUGGACAUGCUUCAAGUGGGUGGCUCUCAUGUUCAUUUUCCUGGGCGGUAUAUCGAUGCAUGUCUGCAAGGCAAUCAUGUGUCACAUGCUGUCAAUUGAUAUCAGCUGGGGCGCUACGUCGAAGGAGGUGGAAGACACCAAUUUCUUCCAAGAGAUCAGUAUCAUCAUCGGGGGCUUCAAGUAUGUCUUCAUCUUUUGCCUUGCGGUGACAGCGUUGAUGAUAUGUGGUGUCUACGCCUUCCCGUAUUUAUGGAGGAUCGAUGAGCUUGUUGCAAUCUUUCCUCUUGGAACUGUCAUCUUCUGUCACUUUUUCCUCCCCAUUGCUCUAAAUCCGAACUUGAUGAAGUUCACUUGGUAAAUAGAUAGAUGUUAGAGUUUAUAGAAUAGAUCUUACAUAUGAAUAGAAAGCAUUAAUACUUACAUAGAUACAAAUGGAAGAAAUUAAUAUGCAA